CUUCUAGAAGGCAAAGUGACUUUUUAGGGAUCAUCUCUCCUCUCUUUGCUUCCAAGGUCACAUUUUUCUUUGCAUCAAGGAGCCUAAAGUUUUACUCUCACUUCAACGUGUAAGUUCCAGUUUAGGAUUGUUUUUUUUUUUCCUUUUCUUGACUUGGACAUGAAAGAAACAGAAGGAAAAAUAUCAUCUGAUUCGUUUUUUCAUGCCUGGACCAUGUGAGCUGCACAUCUGCCAAAGUUGAUGGAUUUUUAUUCGAUGAUGGUGGGAGAUUGAUCUGCAUCUUUACCGGGCUAUGAUUCGUUUUGGGAAUAUCUGACAUGGCAAACAUACUGUGCAUCCUCGCAGGAAUCAUGCUGUUCAAAAUACUGACACUAAUCCUCCUGCAAGGUGUCUUGACGUCCCAUGCCUUGGUCAAAUCUGACAUCAGCUCUGGAGAUGUCACAGAUUCCAAGGAUUUUGUCUCGGCGAGUUCACAGCUGUCUCAAACCGCAAAGUCCAGACAAAAGCGCUGCACCUGUUAUUCCUACAAGGAUAAGGAGUGCGUAUACUACUGCCACUUGGAUAUCAUCUGGAUCAACACUCCCGAGCGCACUGUGCCCUAUGGAAUGUCGAGUUACAGAGGACCUCAGCGGAGCAGACGUGCUGUUGAUGGACAGCCGUCUGAACGCGAGUCGGCUAAGACGCCUCGCUGCGUCUGUGCCGUGAUUGCAGACUCCAAAUGCCACAAUUUUUGUCUCUCAAGUGACCCCCCGGUCUACGGGGAUAAGUGGACCGAAAACAUGGCAGGAAAAUGUUCCCGACAGCAUAACAGAGCUACUGUUUCCCUUCACUGUAGAGAACAACAGCCUCUUACAGGGUCCGUCAAUCAAGAGUCUCCACAGGAACCCCAGCCUCGGAUGACAGUUUGACUCCUCUCCAUCGUCUGUUCUGGUUCUUGGGUGAAUGGACCCUUCCCUCCUCUUUGGCCCCCUUUCGCUCUCCGUUUGGCAUCUUGCCUCCCCAGAUACAUACAGUCAAGAAAAGAACUUUGGAGCCAAACGCUGCCGACAUUCCUCUGCAUCACAGGUCUUGGAGCAAGUUCCAUCAGGCAAAGUGGUUUCAAGAGCUCUUCAGAAAAUUUGAUACAGAUCCCUGGAGGCUAUCCCCCUCUUAUUCCCUCCUGUGAGGAGCAUUUGUCAAAGCUGAUCAAACCAACCCUUUGUAUUCUUUCCUGAUGUUGUGGACCAUACUUGAAUCAAUCUUUCAAACCAAUAAGAUAAGCUUGUAUCAAAUUAUUAAGAACAACAAAGAUGGAAAAUGAGAGAAAGCAAAAAGUGCUGGGAGGAGCCAUGGAAAAUGGGAGCAAGGCACGAUCUUGUGAUAGCUUGCCAUUAAAAAUACUCGAUCCCACAAACAGCUUUUGGCCACUUGCGUUAUGGGGGAUAAACUGAGCUUUAGUUCGUGCAAUUAUUUACAGACGCAUUCAAUUUGCAUAUCGAGUUCAUGUUAGGUCUUUCAGCCGUAAACAUUUUAAUUGUAAUAACACUGACCCCGUGCAUCCUUUGCGACAGCUUUAACUGAUGUAAUUAACGGUUUUGAGCGGUGGAUUGCAUAAAUGUUAACGGGUAAGGGUGGCGACAUUCUUUACUUUUCCAAAGACCAAACACAAACAAUGAAUUGUUAUUAACUGGUUUUGAUUGUCAAGUCUAAACUUGAACCUCCCUUCAGGCACAGAGCUCCAUUGUUAUAUAAUACUAACAACAACAACAACAACAACAAUAAUAAUAAUAAUAAUAACAAAAUUGGCAAAUUAAUGAGCCACAUUAUUGCAAUAGGUGAUAUGUUCCAUCAUCGUGUCAUGAACAUGGGCACUGUAGUUUUUUUUUAAGGGGGGGAUGGA